AUGUUUGGCGUGAUUGACUAUCCCACCAAAUUGCAAAAGAAAUUGCAAAAAAAGCUGCAAAAUGUAUCAAGUAAAAACUUGGCUGGCCAAGGAAAUUUCCACCAAAAAGCGGUAUCGCUACACCGAUUUGUAGGGGCCAGGUUCAGGUCCAGCAGGGGCUGCUGGGGCUGUCGAAAAAGAAGAAAAAAGUGUGACGAAACCCACCCCAUUUGCAACGCUUGUGCCAAGAGAAACCAGCAAUGUGUGUGGAGGGACGAGAACAAAAAUGAACCAGCGCAAAUGAUCCAGAAACAGGGAGAAAAUAGGAGGGAAAUUGACUCAAAAUUGCAAAAAAAUCGUCGAAGUUCAGGUUUGGCUUUGAACGAACUUCUCAGUCCAGAAGAUCCUGAAAGUUCCAAUUCCCCGAAAACUACAUCCUUGGAGUAUCCUACUCCUCAUGAAACCGAAUCCACAAACCAAUUAGAGGAAUUUGAAAACUUUGAUCGCAACUUCGAUGAAAGCGACUUGGUUGAAAUUUCAGCUUCUCAACCAAGUGCCCUCGAAUUGUCUCCCAACUCCAUACAAUUGGUUUCUAGAGAACCCAGCGAAUCACUUCUGCCGUUUCUGCAGGCACUUUUUGGUGAAGACAUUUACAUGCCGCCGCUCCAGCUGGCGUUUUUCAGUUUAUUUCUUGACUCUAAAGGAGUCUCUUUUGUUCGUCAUUUUGAAAAUGAAGUGUCGGGAGCAUUGACUGUGAGUCCUAGUACAUCCAACUACUUCAGCAAGACUUUUUUGCUGCUUGCAACCAUGGAUGAAAGUAUUGGACAUGCCAUUGCUUCAUGGGGUGCUUUUUAUGUCCACCAAUACGACCAUAUAGACGUCCAAAAACACUUUUUCCAAGCCAUGUCGUUGACUGCAAAAAAAUUUCCCAAAGGCUCGGAAAUCUCCAAAUACGACUACUUCACCUUGCUCUGUUUCCACUUGAUCGUAACGGGGUUUUUUGUGUGCCAAGGUGAUAUUUCUCAGUGGUGGAUAUGCUUUGCUAAAUGCACUGAGCUCGUUAAACGAUCUGGAGGCUUGAAAAAGCUAUGCAUAGACCUUGACCAUUCGAAUGAUAUCAAGUUUCUAGUUUCCAAUUUCUUCUACCACGAUAUAAUGUCUUCGCAUGCAUUUUCCCAUGGAACCACUAUACCUGUUAAAGAGUACAAGCAAGUGUUUGAACCGGGGUUUUUCGAUCCCAGCUACGGCAUUGACCCUCUACAAGGCUGUAUGAAUCCAGUAUACUUGCUUCUUGCUGAAGAAUUGGAAGUUCGAGCUGCAAUGCGAACUCGGCGCCUAAGACUCGAAUCUUUACUCAAUGGCGAGUUGGGAGCCGAAGACGAUCCCAAUAUCUUGGGGGAGUUUGAACUGAUGAGAACACUGUACUUGGAGUAUUGUGAGUUGGUGGCUCAACAAAUCGAAGAGAAAAUCCAAGGUUGUAUCAUAGACGAAACUCUCCUUGCAGCAUGCACCGAAGCAGAGGUAAAAAUGCACUGCCAGAUCUUCACGGUAUUCAAACUAGUUUGCAAGCUUUACUGGGUCCUAUACAUUAAGGAACUUCCUCCCAAGGCAAAUGAACUGCAACUUUUGUUGGUUCAAUUGAUGGCUAAAAUCGACAAAUUGGUGGAAAGUAAAAUGAUAGUCGUUUUAUGUCUACCUCUUGUGAUUGCAUGUAGUGCAUGCUACACGAAGCACGACAGGAGAAGAAUGGAAAUUAUUUUCUCCAAAGUUAUCGGAAAGUGCCCAAUUCAUAAUGUCCAUCGAGCAUGGGUAGUGGUGCAAGAAAUAUGGAAGAGAAACCCAAAGGGAGAACUUACAAUCGAUUGGGCAGACAUAUGUGAAGAUUUGAAUUGGCAGUUAUGUGUUUGCUAG